UAACACUGGGGCACAUCAUAACUACACUACACGUCAGUGAGGCAUGAUAAUGCAAGUGUAGGCGGGACGGGGCUUAAAACAAGUAAACAAAUCGAAGCUAAGCAACAGCGCAGCGUGACUACGUAUAAAACGGCCAGUGAGCCACACAAGGACUUGACUUAUUUAUCGCGACGCGAUUGAAGCAGCGGCGGAAACUGUUUUAUUUACCCGGGGAGUUCAUUUCCUUAUCGCUGGGUCCAAUGUUCGUUACCCUCUCUUUGUAUCCAGUUGUACAUACUUACGUAUUUUACACCUUACCUCGUUGAAAUUCGAGCCACGUUGCUGGGAGACGAUGCAUCUACUCGCCCCACAAUAGAUUCGUGCCUGCAGCGGAAAAUCCUUGCGGUGAUUAUCAACGAUCUCAUGAUAUCGUGUAGCUGCAUUUACAGCACCGAGCAGUUCGGAUCUAAAAACGACCACAAAUCCCGGCCACGUCGUCCCUGCGUGUCCCAUGUAACGCGUUCGGAGAGAGCUGUUGCUACCGUGCCCGGCUUCUCGGUGUUUGUGAGUGUCGGUCAGUCAAGCAAAUGGCCGCCCGUCGUGUCGGUGAGUGCUUGUUUCUUGGUGCGCGCAACGCGGCGGCGCAGUUCGUCUUUUUGUGAAAACAAGAGAGGGCACGGAACGUUGCGAGCAUCGACAGUUCGGUUAAAAAUCCGAGAUAAUCUUACUUUUUAAUUCGAUCUUCCACGGCUGGACAAGCGAGAUGCUGCUGAUAGAAGUAGACGCAACGUUGAUAGAUAUUUGAGUGAUUACGUCACGGUUCAACCUCGAAAUGGCUCGGUCUUUCACCUACGACAGGCCUCUGGAUGUCAAAAUCAUACCCGUUUCCGAGAAUUCGAAUCACGAGUUUCAGACAUUAUUGGGGAUCAAGAAAGAAGUGGAAGAUGUUCCGUCGGAUGAGGAAGUCGGACUAUCUGAAUUCGAAUCAGCAAAUAAUCUCGAGCUCUCAUCCGUAAAUACAUCAAAAGUUAAACCCAACGAUGGCAAAGGUGAAAACCAUCCUCACGUGGUGGCAAAAUUUCGUGAUCUUUUGACACGGUCAGGACAGAGUUAUGGAAUAACUGGAAAAAAAAGGAAACGUGAACGUGAAUACAAGACAGAGGACAAACUAAAUUCAUGUGAAGUGGAUAGAAUUAAAAGGCGUAGAUCUGGUUCAAGUGUCACAUCAGAAAUACCAAAUCACAGGUGUGAAUUGGGUAUUACAUCAGAAAGACGUAAUACAAGGUCUUCGAUCCGUCAAAAAAUAUGUUCAAACUCUGAUAAUGUGGAUAAAAAUAGCAUGUUGAAUUCGUCAGACCUAAACGAAAUUGGUGACAAAGCUAAAAAUGAAAUCAAUAGCAAUUCAAUCCCGAUGACUGUUUUGCGUAAGAGUGCAAACAUGCAUUGUGAUAUCUGCGGUUUGUGUUUUACAAGCCAUCAGAAUUUACAAGCGCAUAAAAGUUAUUAUUCUACAGAUGGAAAAUACAAAUGUAACAUUUGCGGCUUAAGGUUUCCCAGACUUAUGUUGUUAUCGAGACACAAGAGGAUUGCGCAUUCCGGCAUACCCCAUAAAUACUGGUAUCGAAACAAAUGUCAUAUUUGUAUGGAUCGCUUUAAAAAAAAAUUAAGCUUGAUUGUACACAUAUCACAUUUGCAUGCCAAAGAAUUGGCAUCGAAUAAAAAAAGUAAAAGCUUGUACAAAGAAGUAGUUCUACGUCACAUAGCGAUAGGAAAAAGAAGGAAAACGCAAGCAUGUGUAGAUAACUCUGAGUUUAGCGUGAAAUCUGCUCCACCAAUCAAUUCUAACAACUAUGAAGUAUCAUUGGACGAAAUAACUACGUUUUACCAAGAUUUCAUAGAGUCUGUGGGAGAUCCAAAUAAUGAAGACGCACACGUUGGUGAAACACUGAGCGUUCAACAAGAUGCUGAGUAUCAGAAUAUCUCACUAGAUAAUCAAGCUACUAAGGGUGCUGUCAAUUCUGAUUGUAAAAAAGUCAGUACAAGUUCAACUGGACAAAGAUUGGAGUACGUCGAAGCAUCAAAUUUAGCCCAGUGCGAUAGAGUCAAAGUUAUCGAGCAACAAAAACUCGAACCAUUAAUUACUGAUUCAGAACAAACAUCCAUAGGAUUAAAAAAACCCCAAGAAAUAAUCGGUAAUAGUGCGUGUAGUUCAAAGAAAGUGUUGAAUGAAAACAAAGGUAUGCAAGAAUCAAAAGAGCAUACUAAGAAACUAAAUGAAUUACCACUUGGGAGUGACAGAGGCCUCUCAACUUUUUCAGAAGAUGUUUCACUGCAACUACAACAAGAUUCAGUUCAGCGCCUAGGGAAAUCAGCCAAUGAGUCUAUCGCAUACAAAUUCAAUCCGCAGCAAGAUGCUACAAAUGAGAAGAAACGACCACCGUUACUUGAACAGUUGAAUUAUCAGGUAGGCACAGUUUUAUCACACGGUGAAUUAGGAGAAAAAGUUGACGUAACCACAGUGAAUGCUGACGUUGAUAAUUCAGCUGUGAAACGUAUUAAUUUAAUAAAAACUGAUGAUUUUGGAGAGUCACGCCAGUCAAAUUUUAUCAGUUGUCAAGAUAAAGACAUUGAUAAUAGAAACUGCGAAUCAAUUUCCCUUACAAUGGCUGUUUCAUCCUCAAGUAUUCCUUCGACAGGUUCGCAGAGUGUUGAAUUCCAUGAUGCAACCAUGCUAAGAAGUUAUGAAAUGUCGAAUUACCGAAAUAUUAAAGAUGUUAGAGUGUCGCUGGUAAAAUUAGAGAAUAUGGUGGAUUUGCCAAAAAUUAGAACUCCAAAAUCGUCGGUUUGCAAAAUUACUAGAUUAUUGAAUACUGAAAAGCCGAAUUGUUAUGUAGAUGAAAAACCUUUCGCAAAUAGAGAAAGAUGGCGUAUUUCUAGGCAGAAUCAACGAAAAAAAGUUGAAUACUAUAAAAAAUCACGAUCAUUUGUUGAAAAAAAGCACGGUACUAUUGGUUACUGUCCACAGGUACUUUCAAAUGACGGUGGGUCAGAGGAACGUGGGGAAUGGGAAACUGCGAAACCCACAGAUAGACAUUGUUACGUUUGUAACAAAUUUUUUCAAAAUAAGGGAUUACUGGUAUCUCAUUAUAUAAAGAUACAUGUAGAGCCUGGAUCUUUUCGAUGUUGUUUGUGUAAUGCACAUCUUAAGAGUCCAAAAAGGUUAAGGAUCCAUUUGUUUAAGCACUGUAAUAUGCCAAUUGAAAAAAUCUUUCUGAAAUUCUGUAGAUCUUGCAAGAUAGAAUUGAAUAUGUUUUCAUUAAAAACCCUUUGUGUAAGUUGUGAAAAAGGAUACAAGCUCAAUAGGCUUAAAUUUGUACAAUCAAAAUUGGAAUAUAUUCCCAUGUCGAAUAAUCAGCGAUUAGCUCAUACGCUAGCGUGUAAGAAAAUAUGCUCUUCAGACAACGGUCGUGAAUUGCUACAUGAAACACCAGUUGUGAUGAAUUCAAACGAUGUCAACGUUAUCUCGGUAGCCGAGGAUUCUACUAAAAACGGUUUGAAAGUUGAAUGUUCAAUAACUUCCGACGAAAUUUCCAAAAAUUCAAAAUGCUUGGGAUCUAAUAGUUCUUUUUCUCAAAGUAGUACAGCGCAUACUGAUUUAGAAUAUCGCAAACCGAAAGCCCAGAUUGGUGUUAUAUCUGAUGAUUGUAAAAAGAUAACCAGGACUUGUAAUUACAAAACUAGAACGAAAACUUUGAAAGUAGGAUCAAAAAACCGCUUCAAAUCAAUACGUUUUUUCACACAUGAUAAACGAUGUACCAAAAAUUUGAUGACUCGACGGAGGCACGAACUUUUCAAAAGAAAAAGCAUGGGAAAACGUAUUAAUCAGCCUCAUUUUCGCAGCAAUACCAAAAAGUUUUUCUAUCACAGGUGCAAGACAUGUGGAUUGAAUUGUUGUUGCGGUAAAAAUUUGAAAAUACACGAAAGACGCUAUUCGACAAAUGGAAAGAAUGCUUGUAAAAUGUGUGGACUAAUAUUUGCUUGGAAACACGAAUUGGUUAUACAUAUGAAAACGGCUCAUAAUCCGAAACCCCUAUUUUCUAGAAGAAUCAGGUGCGAAAUUUGCAAUCAGGGUUUUUAUAAUAAAAAGUUCCUCAGGAUUCACCUCGCUCAUUUUCACAACAUUAAAUACUUUCAAUGCCAAGUCGGUAAAAUAAAAUUCGACACCAGUCAAUACUUGAAUGACCAUAGGCGAUAUUAUUCAAAAACUAUUAUCCUACCGUGCGAUUGUUGUGAUCAAACAUUUAAUUGUAAAUAUGCAUUAGAAUACCACAAAGUGCAUAUCCAUAAUCCCGAGGAACCAAAGGUCUAUAAGUAUUCGUGUGAUAGGUGUGACUGCGCAUUUCCCGAUAAAUUGUCACUGCAAGCUCAUAUUGGACACUUGCAUGUGGUUCAAGAUCAUGAUUCCCUCGUGACGACGUCUAUGAAAGGUGCACAUGCACCAGCGGAUCUACAUCUCGAAGACAUCGGGUUCUCAAAUAAAACCGAAGACGCGUUUAUCAAUUCAAACGUUGAAAUGAAUAAUUCAAAUGCUCGUAAACAUGAAAAUGAAAUUCAAUGCGAAGAAACAAUGCAUGAAAUUACGAAUAGUGCCACCACCAGGACACAUAUUCUGAGUCAAUAUAAAUGCGACAUAUGCAAGAUUAGUUUCGUGGAGCCACAUAAUAUGCUCGACCAUGAAUGGGAAUAUUCUAAUUAUGGUACCAAUGCAUGUGAUGUGUGUAACCGAAAGUUUAUGACUAAGUCACAUCUAAAAAAACACAAGGUUAAACACUUUCGAAGAGAUGUGAUUUGUAAAUAUAAGUGUCAUGUUUGCAAGGAAGAUUUUCUAACGGAAGAUGAUUUGAAAAUGCAUGGACUGCAUUUACACGGACCUCAGUUUAUGUUCGAGAAAUUUUCUGAAAGGAGUGAUAGUCGCGAAUCUAGCAUGUCAAGUUGUAAAAAGAUUAACGAUUCCGAUGGUGUUUCCAAGUUAUCCAUCAACGAUAACACCGAUAAUAGUUUGGGAGUUAUGGGUAGUGAAAUAGCUGAAAAUGAAAGAAUACUAUUGUUUCAAAAAAUUUCAAACAGAUUAUCUGCGGAACUGCUGCAUCGAAAUUCAACUGAAGAAACAUAUUGCUGUGAUUUCUGUACAGCAAGAUUUGGUACCUGGUGCUUAUUGAAGAACCAUAUGAAAAAACAUGCCUACUGUCCAUAUUAUACAAAUUCUUCCAAGUAUCUCUGCUUGAUCUGUAAAAAUACAUUUCGGACUAACGAUAUUUUGAGAGCUCAUGUUAUACAUUAUCAUACAUUAGAUCACAAACAAUCGACUACAACUAAACCGGAAUCUUCGGAAGAAUCUAUUCUUGACGAAUCACUUAAAUCCCAAACGGGCGUUAAUCGUGAUCCGACGAGGGUCAGUGAUCGGGACGUCCAGGAUACUGUGGAAACUUUACCUUCUAAACACGCAGCUCUAAAUCAGUCUUUUAGUUUGCCCAAACACUGCAACGCAGUCAAUGACUCAGGUACCAUUCCAUCCGAAACAAAAAUUCAAUCAUUCAAUCCCACAGAUAACGCUCACGUACUUCAGCACAACCAUGACCAUCCUCCUUCACUAUCGCAAGAGAUUCAAUGCAAAACGAAUACUAUUCUGGGGGAUAGUGACUCAGGUCAGAGUAAUGAUGAAAAUUCCCGUGACACUGAAUCUACGAUCGUUCAUACAAUUGAAAAUAUUUCGCCACAAGCCGAGGUAACGUCAGUAUCAGUCAACGAAGAAUGGUUUAUCGGCGAUUUGAAAAAUUUGAUAUGUACAAUUUGCACACAGAACUUUGAUUCCACCGAAGAAAUUCAAGCACAUUUCACUUCUGUUCAUAUGAUGAAUGGGGAGUAUGCAUGUACGUUUUGUGGGGAAAUAUUCUCAUACUUCAUGGACCUGAAACAGCACAUUUUCAGACUCGAUGAAGAUUCCGAAAAUUAUACAUGUCGUGAAAAGUACCGGCAACUCGCAGAACUAGCUGGUAACACAAGUUCACUCAAAAAUCAUAAAGGAAGUAAGCAAAACGAGAAAAAUUUACAGCUCUUAUCAUUAGAUGAAGCUGACAUCCCUUCAAAAUCUACUGAAAUACCAAGUUCAAAUAGUUUGAUUAACUUGGGUACAUUUAACAUUUGUGAUGAAUCUUUUCCAAACAUUACGACUUCGUUGAAACAUUGGGACUCAUGUUUUGGUAAGGAUCGGUUCCGGUGCGAUAUUUGUGAUAUUAUGUUCAUAGAUCAGAGUGUAUUGAACAAACAUAACAUGAAGCAUUGCCAACAAGGACAAGAGCCUCAUAAUUUUGCCAGGAACCAAUCGAGCUUCCGAUUAAAUGUUAAUGAUCGAACCUUUCAAAUUCGUAUGCAAUAUGGAGACGUGCUAGCUAAUAAACUGCAGGAUGGGGCCCUUAUUACAAGCAGCUUAGUGAACACAAAUAUUUCCGGUGAAGUAAGAAGAGGUCCUAUCUCAAGUGAUAAAAUAUUAAAACACAUUACAUCAUCCAGAUUGCGAGCCCAAAUUGCUAAAAUACUACAUAUCGAUGACAAUGAAGAUGAACCUAAUGUUAAUACACAAAUCAUUUCUACAAAUGCUGCAUCUUCAAAAGUUGACUUGCAAUUGAGCUUUGAAUCACAGCAAGACACCGACUUAUCGAAUAAACUUGACGUUGUAGAAAGAUGUGAAACAGAACAGUCAGUUGGGGAAUUUAUACAAAUUAAUUCUUCUCGCUUCCACCGCGACGUAAGUUCAAUUGUUACUUAUCCAGUACAGUCAACUCCAUCAGCCGAUAUACUGAAUUCAAGUGAUGAAAAAUCGUCUUACAAAAUGUUGAUAGCAAGUACUAAUGAUGACGAUGAAACUGAAAAACGACACGCUCCCAUCAAACAUAUUGAAAAUAAAUGUACACAACAGAAACAACCAUCGUUGCAAUCACAUGUUUUGAGCGCUGGUCAAAAUUCAGCAUCCAUCGUACCCACCAUUCGUAGUUCAAGAAUGCUUGACCACACGCAUAUUCCAUCCAGCCAAAAAUUAAGACCAAGCGAUUGCGCAGAUGAGAAACGGUUGGAAAUUGUACCCCUUUCUUCAGAUAGCAACGGUAACUCAACCUAUUUCAUCCUUAUUAAACCCAUAGUCGGUAGUUCUAAUGACACUGAGGCAUUGGAUGCAGUACGUACUCCCAUUGAAAAAUCUCCUCUGAGAGAAUACCCUAGUAAAAGACUUCCAAGAUCGAUACCGUCAACAUCAGGCUCCGAUGUCCGCCUACUCUAUUACAAAUGCGUUGAGUCUUCCCUAGACUCUCCCAGUGAGCGUGUCGAUAACAAGCCAACAGUAAUACAGAGAGGUCAUAAUCUCAAGCCUCACUUGCAUGGCGGUAUCCAGAAGCUACGUUUAAAAAUACUUCCAAAUCGAUCAAAUAUUGUCAUUAGUCCGCUGCGUGGUUCCCCUUACGAAUGGAACAGUAAAGCGGGCAAUAGUGGUGGGAAUAAUUUACACAAUGCUUCCGAUCCACGCGGCGUGAGUUCUGGAAGUAAUGACAAUACGACGAUAUUGACACGUUUCAACAUGGUUGGUGAUUCUCCAACCUACCCUGUCUUGAAUUCAUCGCAUGAUGGUGAGCAGAAAGGCGUAGAUGAUCGUGCAAACGAUGCUCAUAAAGAAUUAAAAUUUAAUAAAUUUAGAAAAAAUAUCUUGCGAUGCAGGUAUUGCACAAUGUUAUUCAAAGAAAAAAAUCAGCUACUUGAACAUAUGCUGAUACACAAGGCGAAUAAUCAAUGCCCUGCAUGUGGAUUGAGUUUUUCCAACGAUAAAGCACUCCAACAACACUUACCCGAGCAUCGAAGCUCGAGAUGUAUCGAAUGCAACAAGGUUAAUUUCUUCAAUGAUCCUCCUUGCUAUCCUGCAGGAACAUUUGUGUUUUGUUCUGAAUGUAAAGCUGUGCUACCACCUCCAUUGCGAACAUUAACACAGUCGUCAACAAAUUUGAACCGUCGUAUUAUGAAAUGCGGCAUCUGCAUGGAGACUUUUAACACCAUUUCUCAAAUGUCUGUUCACUUCAGGAAUACCCAUUUGUCAUUCGUUUGCUCGAUUUGUAGUUUGGGAUUCAGUUCGCAGAUUAACUUAAAUAAACACAUUGAAGCCCAUAAGGCAAAAUAAAAUUAAAUAAUGUAUAUAAAGUAUAAACAGUCUUUAAGCACAAAAAAAAAUAAAUAAAUAAAUAAUAAAAAAACGAAAACAUGAAAGUGGUUACAAAGUUUGGUUGGUCAAGAGUGUGGCCGCAUCAAACUAAAUUUUUCUCAUCAAGAUAUAGAACUUCGGGAAUCUUCCAUUUACUUCAUUGCUUAUAAAACAGUUAGGUACCUUAUUUUAGUUUAUGUGGCGAUAUUUCGAUAUAAGUUCAAGAUGUCACAAACAGCAAUUAGUUUAAGUACUCGUAGAUUUUCAGAGUUUUAUUUUAUGCUAGGUUCUUCAUUUUAUAGUAACACAGUAAAUUGUAACAGUUUACAAGUUUUAUAAUAACUUUUGAUUUUUUUUUGUGUGUUCGAUUAGUUCAACUAUUUUUUCUUCUUAUUUUGAACGCUCAUUGUAUUGAACACUCGUUAUAUUUUAGUGAAUAUACUAUAAAAUUCGAUGCGUUACGUUAAAUACUAUAAAAUUUUGUGUUUCAAUGAUAUAUCAUUUUUGUUAAGCUUGCAUGUCGUUGCCUGCAUAAUGAGGUACACGAAGAAUGACGUAUAAUGUGGUUUCAUUCUGCAAAAGUAUGCGCUGCCCCCUAGACUUGUUUGUAAACAGCGAAUUAAAUAUAUUACAGGCUGCCGGGUAAUUCAAUGUAAAAGGUACAACCUCGUAUGUAUCUUGAAGUUUUAACUCACGUCUUUAAACUUUUUGAUAUUGGCUCGAGUAGCCAUUUACUAUGUUACUUUCGACUUAUUCUAAAAAUUGUAUAUCGAUUCUCACUCCAUAAUGGUGCCGUCUAAAUUCAAAAAGUAUGAUAAAACUGUAGCCUCAAGUAUUACUAUUUGUAAGUUCAUGGCGAUAACAAAUAAUAAUUUAAACAAUCAGCACAAUUUGAUAGUUGUUAUUGCUUGUCACCAUAUUCCUCCGACGAAACAUUGUUACGAGUUAUUAUAUAAAUUGCAGAAGAUUAAUUCGUGCCUGAAUCAGAUUGUCAGAUUCAAAAGGUUUCGUCGAUUGCACGUAACAAAUGACACGCCGUUCGAAAGGUUUUCCAUUACAGAGAAAUAAGUUGGUUGUUCCUUACAUUAUAUUUAUCCAUAUAAUUCAAGUGAUUUGUACAAAAUGAAAAUAAAAUGAAACAAUAUUCUUGUA